UUGAACAGUUUUGAAUUACAGUGAUGUUGAAUUUGAAUGAUGAGUGAACUUGAAUUUUGAUUCUAGGGUUUGAAAAUACGGUUGGUUGCUUCAAGGCAUUCUCUGUCUCUGUGUAUGUAGAAACAAAAACUGAAUUUAUCUUGUCCUGUUGCCUUUGGAUAACCAGUGAUGACACAUUCUAAAUCCCAACAUCUUUAUUUACGAUUUCUGAAAGCUACACAAUUCCAUGUUAAGAGUUGUAAUUGGAGAGGAAGAGUCAAACCCUAAAAAGACAGAUCCUGUAUUUGGAUACAACAAUGAAGGAGCAUCGUGGUUACAUACCACCUCCUUACAUUCCCCUUGGACAGUCCGAUCGAGAAGAGUCAGAUCUUGAGAAAAGAAUACUUUCAGAUGUAUCUCCCACAAAGAGUGAACCUGUUAACGAUGCUGCUGAGGCCCCACUUCUGUGGUCCUCUGGAAUAUGUGCUUGUUUUGACGACUUAGAGAGCUGCUGCAUUGGGACGAUAUGCCCUUGCUAUCUUUUUGGAAAGAAUGCCGAGUAUUUAGGAUCCAACACUUUCAUGGGAUCAUGCACAACACAUUUUAUCAUAUGUGGUCUCAUCAACUCCUGCUGCUGUUUGCUAACGGGCGGUCUGCUUCUUGGCUUUCCGGGAUGCUUUGCUGCAUGUUAUGCCUGUGGUUACCGCAAAGCACUGAGGACAAAGUAUAAUCUGCAGGAAGCUCCAUGUGGGGACUUUAUAACACACCUUUGUUGUCAUAUGUGUGCUGUAUGUCAAGAAUACAGGGAAAUUCGUGAAAGGUCUGUGAACAUAAACCCGAACGCAAGCAUGGUAGAAACGACAGCUCCUGAGGUGCAGUCAAUGGAUUUGGCUGUGCACAAAUAAUUGUUUUGGUUUUGAUUUGACAAGAAUGAAGUAAAAUCUGAUACUUAGUAGGUAGAAUAGAAUGCAAAUCAUUCCUAUGUUGUAGGAGCACUUUUUUUAUACAGAAGUUUAUGGAGACUCAGUUUUUCCUUUGGUUAUU